AUGAAAGAAAUCGAUAUAAAUAUAGAGGGCUUCAAUGAGAAUGGAAUAUGUGUCGGUUGUUUGAAUUACAACCGUAAAAUGGUUUAUCAUAAAGACAUCAAAGAGUGUUUCAUUAUAUUGGCUGAUAUUUAUAUUCCUGACGGUCUGCAAUUGCAGGUGUGCUGGGAAUGCCUAGUACACAUCAAGAGAACAUGUCAGUUCCGAAAACAGAUCAUAAAGUCUUACGAAAUACUCAAUAAUUAUUCUAAACAGCAUAGUUUUCUGCAUUCUCCAUCAGACUUUACAAAGUAUUCAACUACUCGUCUCUGUACAGCAAGUGUAGCAGUUGAAAGUAUUAUGCCACCAUCGACAUUAUCAAUGGAGAUUGAAGACAAUGUGGACAAGUUGCAAAUCAAAUGUGAAUCAGGAGAUCUAAGAAAGCCUAUAAAAGAAGAAGUGGAAUCUUACAAUGAAUAUGAAGAUAUUCCAAUAGAGUAUGAACAUUAUGAUGUCCAAUCACAACAUGAUAAAGACGAGUUGUCAUCUGAAGAUGAUGUACAACUAUCUGAGUUGAAGCACAAGAAGCAGAGAAAGGAGAGAAGUAAAAUCAAGAAGCAUGGCAGAAGCAGCAGCGAUAUGAUGGCAUCUAGUAGUGAAAGUGGAGAUAGUGAAGAUGUAUUGACACCGCCAGAGUUAAAAGAAACCGCCCAAGAGGUUAUUGAGACCUUAUUACCCGAGAAAUCCAGCAAAAAAUACAACAAGGCAUAUGAAGAGUUCAUACAGUGGAAAACCAAGAAGAAUGCCCCUCGUUUUACUGAAAAUGUUCUAUUGACAUAUUUUAGUGAAAAAGCGCAAACAUUAAAACCGAGCUCCGUGUGGGCCUAUUAUUCCAUGUUGAAAACUACAAUAUUGGCAAAGAACAACAUUAAUAUUGUAAAAUACAGAAAACUCACAGCGUUUCUGAGAAGAAAUGCUAAGGGGUUCCGUAGUAAGAAAUCGAAAGUUCUCACUACAGAGGAUGUUUAUACCUUUCUGGAAAAGGCUCCGGAUGACAUAUAUUUAUUGUCGAAGGUUAUUUUGAUCUUGUGUGUGAACGGUGCCUGCCGAUCCCACGAACUCCUAAAAUUAACAAUAGAUGACAUUGAGUUACACGAGAACGUGAUAAUAGUUAAACUUCCCAACACAAAGACCAAAAUCCAGCGGUCAUUCGUCAUAACGGACGUGUUCUAUGAGAUCGUGAAGAAAUAUAUUGAUCUUCGGCCUAAAAAGUUGCCGACCAACCGCUUCUUAUUGCAGUAUAAAGACAAUAGGUGUUUAACACACGGCAUUGGGAAGAAUAAAAUGAAGACGGUGCCAAAGGCAAUAGCUUCCUAUCUGAAAUUGCCCGAUCCGCAAGAAUACACUGGACACUGCUUUCGAAGGAUAUUAGCGACUGUUCUUGCUGACUCCGGUGGUGCAAAUUUGACAGCAUUAAAACGACAUGAUGGUUGUCAAUCUUUGGGUGUUGCAGAUGGCUUCAUUAGAAUUCAGCCGAAAUUAAAACAGAAAUAA